UCUGUAAUUUAGAGAGCCUGUAAAGGGAUCUCGGUUUGCACCGGUCUCUAAGAUGGAGAUUUUUCCCAGUUCUCUCCCUGUUCCCUCCCGGAGGGAUUCGGGAGCCCAGCUGGAACUGAGCAGGGCUCAGCAGCCUCACCUGCUCCCAGGGGCACAGGCGUCAGGACGCUCAGCUGCUUCCUACACGACCGCUUUUUUCCAGUUACACCCUUCAAACAGAUUAUUUUAUCGCACCUAGUGUGGGAGUGGACAUUUGAAUGAAAUCUGGCACCGUGAGGAAAUGGAAUCAGCCUUUUCAAACACGGGGCUCCUUCCUCUGGAUCUGGGGGGUGGCAGCAAUGCAGGCUGGAUUUCACAGAGACCGCAGGGUGCUGAUAAGAAGAAGGCAUGGCUCCAAGUCAGAUAAGAGGAAGGCAUGGCUCCAAGUUACCAGGCUGUUGGUGAUGCCUCUCGGGUAGAGGACUCAGUCCUUGGAUUUCUUGCAUAAGCCAGUUUAUCUGCGCUCUGGGCAUGAUAAUGAUUACACAGUUUCGAGGCUCUCCGGCACCGGUGCGGGCGCAGCUCCCAGAUGUGCGCUCCAGCUGCAAUCCGGGGGGGAGCGGGAGGUACGUUUCUCCAGCAGCUCCGCCAAAGGGCUCAGCCGGGCGCACCCUCCAGCCGCGCCAUGAACUGCAGCGAGCCCUGGCAGCUGCAGGACCUGCUCGGGGCUUUGCUGCGGGAGCUCCGCCGCAGCAGCAGCAACGCCAGCGACACCGGGAUCAGGACAAGGACCAACACCGGGGGCGAUGCCUCCCUCUACAUCCUCCUCAUCAUGAUCUUCUACGGCUGCCUGGCCGGGGGGCUCAUCCUGGCCUACACCCGCUCGCGGAAGCUGGAGUCCAAGCACGACCCCUACCACCUCUACAUCGAGCGCGACUGGGGCCGCAGCGGCAGCAGCCCAGGGGAGGGGGGCGGCCCCGCCGAGGGCCAGCGCCUGGUGUGAGGACGGGUGGAUGGACGGUCGGACAGACGGAGGAAGGGCCCGGGGGGCCCCCGGGGCACCCCCACCCGCUGCCCGCCCCCACCGGAGGAGCGGAGGGGUGCCCAUGGACCCCGGCAUCAGCCCGAGCAUCAGCUUGCAGCGGCGGCCGCUCUCUGACCCUCCGGGUGGAUUUGUAUCGCUUUUCUACAAUCAGGAGCUGCGUUAUCCACGCCCAGAGACCUCGCUCGUCAGUCCUCCUUGGAUCUUAGCUGAGCAUCUUCUCCUUUCAGAUCGGUUCGUAUUCCACCUUGCUGUCUGUCCACAACGCUGCAGCUGCCGGCAGCACUUCACGUAGUUAAAAGCAGCUCUGUUACUGCAUUAUUAUGCACCCUUCCCUUGCUCCAGAGCACUGACAGGCCAGGUAUGAUGGACCAGAAGGGUCGGGUCUCAUUCUGUUAAAGCAAGAUUGUUUUGGCUUAUGCGGAAGCAUUUCUCAAAACAAAAAGAGCUUAGAAACUGGAGUCGCUCCCAUGAAGAAAGCCUCAGUACCUCAGCUUGGUACCGUGGCUUUGCCAACACACAGUAACUUUUAAAGGCAUCGAUAACAUCCUUCCACACACAGAGAAUUGUAAUUCCAAGAAUAUCUUUGUACCAGUUAAACCUUAAGAUUAAAACAGCAUGCAGCAUAUGCUUUCUGCAAUAAAACCUAGGCAGGCAAAGGUUGUUGCAGAUGUUCUAGCCAUGUUAAGAGUCUGUCAUUUCUUGGUUUGGCUUUGGGGUGGGUUUUUUUCAGGUAAAGAUUAAUGAACAAUUCCAGGGAAAAAGUACCCCCACGGGGAAUGCUGCACCACACAAGAUGAGUUACUGCUUGGAUCUUAUCCAAAAUACAGUGCAAGGAAAAGAUUUUCAUGUUAGAGACUUAUAUUUCCUAUAUAACACUCAUGCAUAGUCUUUCCAGCCGCAACACAGUCUUAGCGUCUUAUAUUUGGCAACUAUUGCAUCUUGCUAUCUCUGCUAUAACUUUGUGGGGAAUUGUGGUAAACUGGGGACCUGAUGUGAUGGGUUUAAAAUAAAAAAAAAAUCCCUGAGAGGCCUGGCAGGUGUUCAGUCAGCUUUGUCACUGUAGAAAACUACUGCAAUAUCCACAGACCAAAUGACAAAGUAUCAUUAGAUAUCAAAGAAUAUCUCGGGAACACCUAGGCAUUGUGAUAACUGAAAUGUACAGGAUGGGAAAAAAAUCAAGCGCCAGAAGCAAUUUCCAUGGGAGUACACACAAGAGUACUAUAUGCCAGCAUCGUGUCAGUAGAUGUGCGUGGAAUCUUUAGCUCAGCAAAGAAAAGGUGGAAAAAAGGAUGUGGAAAGGUGUGGGAAAAAGGAUGUCAAAAAACCCAACAAACUGCCAAUAUUCUUAAAAUCCCCUAUUGAGUAUUUAGACACCAGUAAAAGUUCUAGUUGGC